CGGGAAACCCAUGAGCAGAUGUGAUGCUGGAGUGAUGCAGAGACUGGACACAGAAGCAGAUUAUCUGACACUGCCCUGAACAGUACAACCAUUUAACAGGUCUGUCUGCCUUUGACUACAUGCAAUCAGCAGAGCAGACAGCUCCUGGAACCCAGAAAACAUGGUGGGACUGAGAAACCGCUCUACAUGGGAACCACUGCUACUCAAGGCGUCCUGUAUCAAGUCCUGCGCCAACGGCUGCUCCCUGGGCAUCACUGCACAUCUUACCUAUGCCAACGCUGAUGUAGAGUCCGUCGAAGGUGUAUUCGUAUACCCACUGGGGGAAAAGGAGGUUGUGGUGGGCUUUGAGGCGGUGAUUGCAGGGCGGCUGGUGGGGGUCCAGAUCCAGAGCCGAGGGAAGCUGAAGGACUGUUGUUUGGAUUGCUGUUCAGGAUCUGGUCUUGAUGGCCACUGUGGGAAUGGCAGAGAGUGGGGCUGCUGUGGGAGCUCUAACCUUGACAUGCAAUGCACCAACGGACAUCUCAUCCUGGACGAGGACCUCGAAAGAACCACCUUCAUCGUGGGCAUAGGUGUAAUUGGCCCCAUGGAUAUUGUGUCAGUUAUAAUAAGCACCACACUAGAACUCCCCACAUUAGAAAAUGGAGCAAUACACAUCAUCUACCCUACGUUACUUACCCCUGUUGUCACGGGCCAGAUGUCUUCAAGCAAGAGUGAAAAUGGGGGGAAACCAAAUGAAACUGGAGCCACCAGCUGUUUUGGUGCCACCUCAGGAAAACAAGACCAGGUCCUAGAUUCUGAGCAGCAGUGCGCCCAUGCCAUCUUCACCAGCCCAGCUGCUAAUCUGGCACCGUAUGAACUCAACUUCCAGCUGCUGGUCAGAGGAGCCUGCUUACUGGCAGGACUGGAAAGUCCCACUCACGCUCUGAGAGCAGACGCUGACCCCAGUGCCCAAAGUGCCUCUGCCACCUACAUCACAUUGGCACAGGAGCAUCCAUAUGACAGACAUAUCGAGAUCAUUCUGCACCUCAGUGAACCUCACAGCCCGUUGGUCAUAUUAGAGAAAGGCAGGCUGUCCUUCAGCCAGUAUGAACAGCACAUCAGUUCCCGCCGUGAUUUCAUUCGUUGCUCUCGGAAAGACUCUGAAAUUGAGAGGAAGCUUGAGUUUGUGAGAAAGCGCUAUCAUAAGGAUAUUCUGAGCAGCCCUGUCUUGAUGCUCAACUUCUGUCCUGACUUGUUGUGUGAGCCACUGGAGCUGCACAAAGCCACCAGAGAGCUGCUGUUCCUUGUUGAUCGUAGUGGCAGCAUGAGUGGGACCAACAUCCACCGUGUAAAGGAAGGCAUGUUGGUGGCCUUGAAGAGUCUCCCCUCUGGCACCAUGCUCAACAUUGUGGGCUUCGGCACCACUAUCAAACCCCUGUUCACCUCCAGCAGACUCUGCACUGAUGUCACUCUAAUGCAAGCAUAUGAGUAUGUGCAAAGGAUGAGAGCGGACAUGCGGGGCACCAACCUGCUGGGGGCGCUGUCCUGGGUGUAUCAACAGCCUACACAGCGGUCUUAUCCUCGCCAGGUCUUUAUCGUAACAGAUGGAACUAUCACCAAUGUGGCCAAAGUACUGGAGCUGGUCCGCAGAAACACAUGCGCUGGCAGAUGCUUUGGCCUGGGUCUUGGUCCUCGAGCCUGCAGGAGACUCCUGCAGGGCGUUGCCAAACUGACAGGGGGGACCACAGAGUUCUUAGAAGAUGAGGAUCGACUCCAGCCAAAGUUAAUCAAGUCCUUGAAGAAGGCUUUUGAACCUGUGCUGACCGAUGUGCGGAUUGACUGGUACCUGCCUGAAAACAUGGAGGCUCUUCUUUCACCCAAUGAAAUCCCUCCUCUCUAUCCUGGGAAUCGUCUCAUUGGAUACUGCACUCUUUAUGACAUGACAAAUUUCAGACUAAAAAAACCAGAGUUUCAAGGACAGGGCUACAAAGGUGCAUAUCGUAGCUCAACUGGCUCCGUAUUCGGCCAAUCAAACGAUGAGCUUUCACCGCCUCCGGCCUCAGAGCUAAUGCCAGUGGUGACAUGUGCAGAUGGCACAGAUCUGGAGGAGGCACUGAGGGAGAUCUCAAGAGAAAUCUCCUCUGAAUUCUCCUGUGCCAGAGAUACAGAUACCGGCACCAGCCCAGGUGUGGAGCUAGACUGGUCCAGUGAUGUCAGAAGGCGGAUCCAAGAGAGUUCUUAUAUCCAGGAGCAGUAUGUCCUCACUCGCUGCUCCCUCAGUAGCGAGCAGAGUCUUCAAACACAGUCCCACUCACACAUUCAAGCCUCAUCCAACUCUCACUCAGUGGGUGGGGACUUCCUGCCUGACCCUCACUCUGGUUCUGUAAUGGAUACAGGGUCUUUACCCCAAGGCCUGGAAAAGAUGCCCCCUCCUGAACAGAGAUCAUCCUUGUCUCGCUGGGCAGAGUCAGCAUGGCAACCAAACCUCUCAGUUGAAACCCCUGAUAAUGGAGGAGAAAAGGGGCAUUUGGACGGAGGGGAGGAGUCUCGAAGGAGACAAAAAGCUCUGGCCCGUUCAACCAUGGCGGCACGGAGCUUCUCGUCUCCUCAGGGUGAGCUGGAGAUGCAUCGCCUGAGGAGAGCUCUGGAGAGGGUUUCCUUUGACCAGACGCUGGGAGGAAGGUUGGAUGAAAGUGAUGGGGAGACGAAGCCCCCAUCAAGAGGAGCCCUGUCCCACAGAAGCCUGACUGACUCCAAUGGACUCCUGUUCCCUGCCUCUCCUCUGGACUGGGAUGGCUUCACAGAUCCUGAGUGUCUCUUCACUGCUGCUCCGCCCGAGGAUCCUCCUCCUGGACAAUGCCGCUCCGUCAUUCAUGGUCUGCUGUGUGGGAAGCCUGUGUCCUGGGAGGUCACCGUGGACCUUGGGCACCUCUGGGCCCCUGAGGACCAGGAAGCAACAGGGCUUGAUGGAGGAGCAGAAGAAGGAAGAGGAGAACCAUGGGAGGAAAUCAUUCACCAACUGACUGCUCGGUCAGUGAUUAGGGACUUUGAGAAAAUGGCUGAAAAGGAGAAUGAUGCCGGACAUGGUUCAGGAAAGCGAUACCGUAUGAAGGCUAUUCAGACCAGUAAACACUGUAACAUCAUCUGCAUGUACACAGCCUUCACCACUACGGACAGCAAUACCAACAAAGGAUUACCUGAAAGCAUGGAUAUCCAAAACACAGGAAGUCACUUGGGAAACAGACGCAGUUCUCAUUCAGGCAGUCGCAAACAGAAGGCAUAUUCUGUAGGUCUGGGCAGACGACGCACGAGUAGAGACAGCGAAGAGCUUGAAGACAACUGGAACUCUACAGACAGAGAUGACACUCCUGCCUCCCCCUGUAGCCUUACAUCCUGGGAUUCUAGUGUAGGGCCCAGUUCCUACUCCGCUACAGGAAUACCAGGCAGCUCAUGCAGUCGUUCACAGCGAUCCAUAGAGAGCAAGUCAAUGGAGAGCUUCUUUGGCAACAGAUUUCCACUGGGCAGGCUCAGGUCUUCUGUUUCAUCAGGAAAGCAGGUUCCUCUCAAGUCUCACUGUUUGUCUGCAGAGACUGAGAAACAACCUGAAACUGAAACUCCAGACUACCUGCCCCUGGUGCGACUGCAGCUGGCAUCAGGGGCUUUUCUUCUGACAGAGAUCUACUCUGACUGUGUCCAGAUCCCACUGGACCGCUUGAAGAGGGCCUCACCCUAUAGCCUGCACCGCCGCAGCCUUAGUCCACCCUUCCGCUGUACAUCUCCCAGUGCUCCAUCUUUAUCCUCCUCUGUCAAACCUCCUGGUGCUCCCACUACUCACCACGUUACCUUUUCUCCUUCUGCCUGCUCCCUCACCAAACCAGCUGCUCCUCCUUUCCACCACACUCCAGACGACACUCCGCUGAUGCUGGAACCGAGGCUGAGGAGAAGACACUUGUCAGACAGAGACCCUGUGACCUCUCCUCCAGACCUCCCCAGCUCAGAAGAAGGUUCUCUGGAGUUAUCUGUUGGGAAUUCACAGAGUCACAACCACGGCCAGGUGGACAGUGGUCGCGGAUCUGAGACGGAUGUAUGUGAGGGCUCACUGAUGGAAACAGCUGAGCUUCAUGGAAGCAGCCAGUUGGCUCUAGAGGACCUGGAGGGCUCAAGCUGGGCCACAGCGGUCGCUCUGGCCUGGCUCGAACACCGCUGCGCUGGUUACUUCAUGGAGUGGGAGCUGGUGGCUGCGAAAGCUGACUUCUGGCUUCGCUGUCAGGAGCUGCCUGAGGGCGUGGACCUGGCAGGACUGAAGGGAGCCGCCAGACAGCUGUUCCUUCUGCUGCGCCACUGGGACGAGAACAUCAAACUUAACAUGCUGUGUUAUAACCCUAACAAUAUGUGAGACAAUCUGAGGAAACUGAGCCAAAUCUACUGAUAGACUUCAUACUGACCUGAUACUACGGAGGUGACUUUACAAAAACUUGUAUUAUUUCUUCUAUAGGUAAAACUAAUGCCAUGUAACCCAGUGCCAAAUACACUCUGAAUAUGAAGUAAUAAUAUAAUGACUAAGACUUUAUAUUUGUGACAAGAAAACCCUUUACAUGACUUAGUCCAAGUGGCCUUUUAUUAUGAAUAUGCUUUAUGCAAUCACAAUAAUGCCUUGACCAACUGAAUGAGCUUUAAAGUCUAGGUUUUAGUGAGUAGUUUAUCUAAAGGGUAACUUUGCUAAAUGUGCUGUUUAAUCACAGAAUGAAUGAAAAUGAUUUUAAUUAUAAUGAUUUGAUAAAUUACUGGAUGGUUUCUUUAAAU